UUAUAAUAAUAUGAUUUUGAAAACGUAUAUUGUCGUCCUUUUCUGGGGGGAUUGUUUUCAGUAACUCUCAAAGAAGAGAAAGAUCUGAAGAAGGUCGAAUGGUCGAGGAGAAUCUCUCUUAGACCGUUUGAUCUGAUCCGAAGAAGAAGAUGGGAAUCCUGUUCACGCGGAUGUUCUCUUCAGUGUUUGGCAACAAAGAAGCUCGUAUCCUCGUCCUCGGUCUCGACAAUGCUGGCAAAACUACAAUCCUCUAUCGGCUUCAGAUGGGGGAAGUUGUCUCCACGAUUCCGACUAUUGGGUUUAACGUGGAGACUGUGCAGUACAACAAUAUCAAGUUUCAGGUCUGGGAUUUAGGUGGACAAACGAGCAUCAGACCAUACUGGCGAUGCUAUUUUCCGAAUACACAAGCAGUGAUCUACGUUGUUGACUCCAGCGAUACAGAUCGAAUCGGGGUGGCAAAAGAGGAGUUUCAUGCAAUUUUGGAGGAAGAGGAAUUGAAAGGUGCGGUGGUUCUCAUAUUUGCAAACAAGCAGGAUCUUCCUGGUGCACUCGAUGAUGCCGCUGUGACAGAAGCCUUGGAGUUGCAUAAGAUAAAGAGUCGCCAGUGGGCAAUCUUCAAAACUUGUGCUGUUAAAGGGGAGGGACUUUUCGAAGGAUUGGACUGGUUGAGUAAUACAUUGAAGUCAGGAAGUGGGUAGAGUCUUCUUCAUACACUUUCUCGUCAUCCCCUCAACAUUGUAUCUUAUCUUCUUUACUUAUGUUUAGUAAUUUGCUUAGUUCUUAAUCUUAAAGAGUUAAUAUCAACGACAUGUUCACUUAUUACUCUUUUUUUGUUUCCUUUUGAGAGAAAAAAAAAACACUCUACACGGAUAUGUGAUUAGAACCCUUGAGAGAUAUAACAUGUUUUACUUUAUUAACAUGUUUACUUUA